AUGAUGAAAAGUAAAAAUAAAAACAAAAAAGUAUCCUUUUACGAGCCAAGUAUUAAUAAGAAUACUGAAGAAAAUGAAAAACAUGAAUUUAGUGAAACCCUUUUUGAAAAUGAAGAUGAUAAUGAUAUAAAUGGGCAUUCAAAUGAUAUUAGCGAAGAAGAUAUGUCAUAUAUGUUAAAAAAUUUUAAUCCCUUAGAUUUUGGUAUUAAAGAUAAAUUAACAGAAAGUGAAAAAAAAAUUAUUAUUCGUGAAAUUUUUGGAAUAACCUGUGCAAAUACUUCGUCAGAAUAUAAUGAGGACGAUAAAAACGAAGAAAAAAAUGAAAAUGUUAAAAUUAAAAAAGUUCGCAAUAAUAUCAUAGUAAAGGAUUUCACCUCUGGCGAUAAUAUCCAAAACGAUAUAAAUGACGAUAAAAUUGGUGGUAAAAAAAAAAAAAAAAAAAAAAAAAAAAAUAAUGAUAAUUUUUCAUAUUUAGAUGGAGAUUGUUAUUUUCCCAAUGAUGGGUAUGACUAUGAACAACAUUUAAAACCUAUAAGCAAUAAUUUUGUAGAAAUAAAAACAAAAAGUGAAAAUAAAAUUUUUGAAAUUAAACCAAUUGAUGAAGAAGAAAAGGAAUUGUUUAAAACAUUUGAAGCUGAUAAUUAUGAAGAGUUAAAUGAUAAUUUUGUUUAUGAAGCUCAAAAUGUUGAAGCCAUAGAAAAAUUACAUGUUGACAAUAAAUUAAUAUGGGGAAAUCCGGAAUCAUUUCUUUUUAUAUCCAAUAAUAAUAUAUGUUCUACACAAAUUGGAGAUGACGAUUGUGAAGAAGUUAUUUCCGAUUUUGAAAAUGAUAACUAUGAUGCAUUUGAUAAAUCAGAAAAAAAUAUUGAAAAUACUAAUGCAAUAGUACAUGAUAACAAUAGUACUAGGUAUAUCCAAUCAGAUGAAGAUAAUGAUAAGGGAUUGUCAUGUGAAAAUGCAAAAAAUUUCAAAACGAUAACUUUUGAUGAAAAAAUGAAUUAUGGUAUUGAGAAUAAAAUAAAACGUGAAAAAAAUGAUGAUUCCAUAAAAUUAAGCGAUUUAAUAAAUUUGGAAUUAAAAAAAGUAAAUGCUAGCGCAAAUGAUAACACAAAUGAAAUAAAAAGAAUUAUGAAAAAAAAUAAAAAAAUAAAAAAUAAAAAUACACAAAAUAUAGAAAAUAUUGUUAUAAAUAUAAAUGAUAAUGAUAAAGAAAAAAUACUUAAAAUUGUUGAUAUUCAAAAUGAUGAAAUAGUAGUAAACCCUGAUAUUUCGAGUUCCUAUUUCUCUGAUGACGAUUCAUUUUCUUAUGAUUGCCAAACAAUUUUAACAACAAAAACAAAUACAACAAAUCAUCCAAGUAAAUUGAUAAUUCCAAAGAAUCUAAAAUUUAAUCAAAUUCUAAAUAAAAAAACCUUUAAUACAAAUUUCGAGACUAAGGAAAAACCAAAUGAUACUGUGAACAAACUUGAACGUUAUUUGAUACUUGAUCAAAUUAAAACGAAAAGAGAUAAAAAUGAAACCCCAGAGGAAAAGCGGGAACGAAAAAAAUCAGUUAAAGAAGCUCAGCGAUUAAAUAGAAAAUUAAAGAAAGAAAAUUCAUUAAUUAUGAAGAAUGAAAAGAAAUUGAUGAAUAAAAAUGUUAACCCAUUUGAUAUUCGAGACAAUGUAAAAUAUAUUAAAUUGUAA